GGUGACUGCUGACUGCAAGAAAGAAUGAAUUGAAUAUGACAUAAUGACUUAUUGCACUUAUUGCGACUAAUUACGAGGAGUCAGUUGUUGUUUAAACCGUAUUUCCCUUACUUCAGAUUCAAUUUUAUUUUCGAUAUCGUCAUUGGCAACGUAUCCAAGCGAUGGCUUUGCCCUUGCCUAUACCUCCGUGUGCAAACAGGGAUGGCCUAAGUGGCUUAAGUUGUGAACAUUUUGAGUAUGCCAGUACUAUGGCAACAACAUUGCUAGCACCGGUCAAAACAGAACGCCAAAUCCUUGAACAUUCUAUGUCGGAAGACGACCCAAAUGCCAAUAUACAAUUACCUAGUGUGGUAGGCAAGCAGCCUCGCUGGGGUCCGCGACAUCGUGGAGCUCAAGAAUUAGCAGAACUUUAUAGUCCAGGCAAAAGACUACAAGAGUGGGUCUGUGUGGUGGUUUGUUGCACAUUGUGUGUCUGUGCUGGUGUUCUGAUGGCCAGACACGUACAAGCGGAUGCCUCGUUAUUUUUAGCAGCAAUUUCUGGUGUAUUAACAGCAGAUUUUGCUUCAGGAGUAGUGCAUUGGGCUGCUGACACUUGGGGAGCUGUUGAUCUUCCUAUAAUAGGCAAAAAUUUUCUGCGCCCAUUCCGUGAACAUCAUAUUGACCCAACAUCCAUUACUCGACAUGAUUUUAUCGAAACGAAUGGUGACAACUUUGCCAUAACCAUACCUGUCUUAGCAAGAAUUGUAUGGCAGCUGCUCACCUAUGAGGAUGAAAGCAUCGAAGCACAAUUCCACUGGAUUGCUUAUUGGUACUUGUGUUGUAUCUUUGUAGCAAUGACUAAUCAGAUUCACAAAUGGUCUCAUACAUAUUUUGGUCUACCUAUGUGGGUGGUGUGGUUACAAGAAUGGCACAUUGUGUUGCCGCGUCGUCAUCAUCGAAUUCACCACGUAGCGCCGCACGAGACUUACUUUUGCAUCACCACCGGUUGGCUCAACUGGCCUUUAGAAAUGCUUCACUUUUGGUCCACUCUAGAGACCAUUAUAGAAUCACUCACUGGUUGUAAACCGCGAGCUGACGAUAUGAAGUGGGCUCAAAAACGUUCCUAGAAUAUAGGAUGUAUUCAUAGAACGUUAUCGCUACCUAAAUUUUUAUACUAACACGUCCACAUCUACUGAAUCAAUUAAUAAGAAUAGGUUUAAUACUUUGUUAAGAUGAAAGCAAAUUGUGAAAUACGUACCUUAAUUAAGUGGCUUAUUAAAUAAUUGCAAGAUAAACAUUUUAUUAUACGUCACACGAUUUCCAGUUAUAUUUUUCUACAAGAUUUGUUAUUCUAUAAAUUAUAUACUACGAUAAUUAUGCAAAGUCGAAGUAAGCAUUUAUGUUAAAAAAAAAAUGUAGGCCAGGGCCCUUUUGAAUUUGCAAAUGUUAUUAUCACAACUUUUUUGACUUUUUCCGUACUCCAAGUACUACUACUAAUAAUUUUGACAGAAAUUGAAACAAACCGUUUCUUCCCUCGACCGGUCCUCGAUCGCCCUUAAAUUAUGUUUCUGUCGUAGUCUCAUUCCUUUGCAAUCUUUGCAUCUUACUAUGUAAUUAAAAGUGGUUCUUGCCAUUUUCAAAGGCAUCCGGCACUGGCUUAUUUGAAUAUUUUCAGUGACCGGUUUUAAUUGAAUAGCACGAUGGUGAGUUUUUCGAUCGAUCAUGGUGCAAUACAUAACACCCACAUGCAACAAAUAUCCCAGACAAGGAGACCAUCUCCUUCUAUUAAAUAAGUCUCGUCCUCGUAUUAAAUAAGGCUGUUGGACCCAGCAAUCAUUUGUGGACCUUUUUUAGUACCUAAUACUCAACAUCCGCCCGUAGUUUCAUCCGCGUCCCAUGGGAACUACCAACCUUCACUAUGGCCUUUUCGCAUGCGUGUCAUGGCAUAGCCGCCCUAACGUAUAAUAAAGUAUGAUUGUAUAAACUACAUAGAGAGCAUUCACAGGUGCAUGUGAAAAGGGCCUAGGGGUUAAGUUUGAUCGCAUUUCAGGUAAUUUCGUUCAGCCGUUAAAAUGUGAUUGAGGAACAAACACUAAAACCCGUUAAACUUUCACGUUCAUAAGUAGGAUUAUGAACUCAAAGUCAGUCUAAUGAGGGGGAUUUAUUAAUUUGUUUUAACGUAAUGUUUAAUUGUGAUAGUAGCACUUAUUGCCAAAGAGUAUAUUAAGUAUUUUUUUUUCACUCUAUCAUAUCUAAUGUAUAAAAUUCUUGACAUGAUUAUCUUUAGUUCUAAAGGUGUGUUAAUCUUGUCAUGAUAUCGAGUACCUAACCUACUCUAUAAUAAUUGAAUCUCCUAAAGUCAUGUGUCCCAAGUUGUGUAUUAAAUAAAUUACAUUUAUAGGUAAUGUUAUUUUCGUCCUAAAACAUUUGCUAAAAUUUUUGUUUUACUGACAGACACAAAUCGUUGUUAAUCCGACUCCACGCAGUCUUGUCUGCUCUACCCCAAGAAAACGUAAUUCUAAACCGUGUAGGCGCGGAAGUGGACAGAGACUUGGGGAGCAGGUGGUUGUAGCACACCGCUGCGGUGAUAAGAAAUCAUGAAUGCUGCAUGUCGCAUGCAAUCAUAUAAUUAGAAUGUAGGACUUUAAAAACGGUUUUAUUUAUGAUACCUAUACGGAUUUAGGGCAUACUUAGGAAUUUCAAUUUUAUAGUGUGUAAUAUUAGGUAUAUUCGGACAAAUGAUGAUCAGGACAAAAAAGUUAUGGCACUUAGGCACUUAGAUAAAAAAGUUAGGUGACACAAUAAAGCUCUUAAUUCGCAUACUUGUAUUCUUUUAUUAUACUUGGUCGGUCAUAACUGUGUCGUUUACCACCGGAUGUGUGUGUUUACUUACGUCCCAAAUAAUCUCAUUGUCACAAGUCCAGGGCCUAAUCUGAUUAUAAUCAUCUAAUGAUGGAAACUCGUGAGAACUCCAGAGUAACUCACGAAAAUUUUAGUUUUACAUCAAGUAAGAACUUCAUAUUUGGGUUCAAGGACCACGCUCAAUAUAGGGUUCCGUAGAUUAUAGGCUAUCUAUCUCGACUCCAUUAACUCAGAAAAGCCUUACAACUCUGAAAAGAGACAUUUUUCAGGGCAACUCCUCACUUUAUGUGGGCCCCCGAAUAACACAUAAACAAAGAAGUUCACUGGUACGCAGGGAAACUGCAGGAACAGCUAGUAGGUACCUAUAGCGUGCACCUAGUCGUUAAGAUUCCUAAUUUAUUUACUAUUUGUCACUAAAGCGGGCUAAAAUGUCUGCUGCCUACCGACCUGGUGCAAUUAAGUCAAGAUUCAAGUACUUUUUGAGUCUGUAUAAUAAUAAACCGGUGCUAAAUAUAAAUUUAGAUAUAAUUUUUCUAAAAACUUUGUCAACCAUCCCAAGCAAUUUUUUUCAUUUAUCAGAAUAUUUUUUAUACAAUAUUAUAUUGUAUUAAAAAUGCGUCUUGUACCUACUUCCUAAGGAAAUUACUAAUUCUAAGUAGUCUGAUUUUAUAUGAUAGUAAAUUAACAGAUAUGCCUAUUUAUCUUUUUUAUUUCAAAGUCCCAUGCAUUCAGUAUUCCCCAAUACUAAAUACGCGAUAAAUUCAAAUCCCUUUUCUCUCGUUUUCGUAUGGCCAUGGCGAGAGUGCCGAUUGUUUUUAUAUUUUUGGACUAAAAAAAAAAACGUAAAAUAUAGCCCAAACGUACAUAACUUUUUGUUGAUUGGCAAAUGCAAUAACAUGGGAAGAAUGGGAACAUAGCUUCUAAAUGCACGCGAAGCGAGUGCGACUUUUCUGUUUUAAAACUCAAGACUCGUCUUGACAGUUUACACAGAAGACUAUGGUUUCUAUAAUUUUUAGUUUAAACAAAAAAAAAAAAGGGUUUCGUAAUUGUAAGACCGAUUUUCGAGAGGUGUUUUUUUCGAUCACGUGGUGCUCUAAACUGUUGCAGAAAACUAUAAAUAUUUUUAUAAACGUUCAUGCUAGCGGAGAUGUCAUACCUACCCCAACAUCUCCUUAGGAAGUAGCGCGCCAAAAUGCGGGUGUUCGGGGGACGAGGAACAUUACUACCUCCGUCCUCAUAGGCCUUCUUUAGAACCCUCACAUUGUGGUCCCCCCACCCCACCGACCUUGUGGUCCAGAUUUGACAGGGAACCCGAACGCCAUGUUGCUUCUAGCACCUUAACUGGGGCUCGAUUCUGCAGAUUUUACUUACCAAAGUGACAUACGAUUCACAUCCGACUGAGAUCCAAUCCUAACUCAAUUGCGAUUGAAGCGUAUGAAGUGGCAUUCCGCUAUUUUUUCUUUUAAAUAAACGUUUUUAUCCGUUUCUGUGAUUCAAUAAUAAAUCGUAUUGUCUGCAAAUUAUUUACGUUUGCAAUAUGAUUGUAGAGCAAACUACCAUAGGUAGUAGUAGGUACCAAAUGGCAGAUAAAACGCAAACCAAUCGAAUGUCAUUGGAAUACGAUUGGUUUUAUAUUAGUAGCAGAAUGCCCGAUAAGGUUAAAACUGCUAUUGUGAUUACAUUGUUAUCCAAUUAAUCUUAUUUGUCAUUACCGAUGCGUAUAAAGAGGACAUUUUUUGUUUUAUACACAAAUGGUCAAAUAAGUUAGCGUGUUUCUCACCUAAGUGCCAACUCAAAUGGAGUAGAGGAAAAUAAUUUAUCACAACAACCUAUUUAAUGUUUUUAAUAACCUAGACUUAAUGCUUCUGAACAUUUUUACUCUCUAGCUAUCGCGGUUCUUGUGAUACAGCCUGAUGACAAACGGACGGACAGAUGGACAUCGAAGUCUUACUUAUAGGAUCCUGUUUUACUCUGGGUACGGAACCCCAAAAAUGUUUUCGAUCAUGGUUUUCUAACUGUACAAUAGGUUUGCGAUUUCGCUCUUACUUGCCUCUAAGCUAUUAGGUAUGGCAGGCAGGGUAAAUUAAAUGUGAAAUAAAACGGAAAUAGAAUAGUUAUUGACCUAAUAAAACAUUCCUAGUGGACGAGGUACCCUACAUCAUAUAGUUGCUCCGUUAGAGUAGGCAGGCACUUAGGUGAGUGCCUCGACUGUACGCAGGAAGUUAAAAUAAAAUGUAUCUAUAUUUUUUUUAUAUAUUUUUCUAUCGUUACCUGACUUUGGUAAGAUAUUAAAAAAAAUGGCGAUAUUUCAUUCUUUGAGUAACUCCGAAAGUUUAAAUAAAAUAAAUGAACUCUUAUGAUAAACUUUUAUAAUUUAAAAAAAUACUUGAAGGGAAUGAUAAGAUUUGAUCUAAUUUCUACUUAAAACCAUUUAUUUGAAUUUCCCGUCGAAUCACUCACACCAGUCGAAGCAUUCACCACUAGGCGCAUAAGCUAGAUGAUCAAUCUAAUUGCGCAAUGUUACGUAUUGGGCUUUAUUGACUUGCAGAGUUAUUUACGAAAAUUUUUAAUGAUUUUUGUCGGCAUUUUUUUUUAUAGCACAAAAUUUUUAUUGCAAUAUUGCACAAUGUUAUUGCAGGUCCAAGGGAUGCCUAUAGUAAAUAAUCUUGUUAGGACUUUUUACACAAAUAAACUACCUACUAUUUAAAAUAAUGAUUCAAUAUUCGAUGAAACUGUUACCAAGUGUAUUUUAUUAGUAUUUAGGAACAGUGAUAUUAUCCGCUAUUUGUUUUUAGACUGAAUCUUUAAAUAAAAAGUCAUUUCAAGAUGUUUAUCUUUAGGCGUUCCCUAGACUGUGAAUUAAAUAGAGCAAUUACGUAUUGUUCGAGUAGGUAAAUCUAGACACACGGCAGUGUGUCCGCCAAGUUCGAGCAAAAAAAGCGACACACCGGCCGUGGGUUAUAUUACACGAACCAUUUCGGGCCAAAUUCGACCCCCCUGUAACUCAAAAUCUAUUUUAUUUACGCAUAUCAAAUUUCUAGUAUCUGUUGAGACCCCCUCACUUAUCUAAAAUACAAAAUUUCAUUAAUAUACCUAUUGUAGGUCUUGAGAUAUUGACGUCAGAAAAUCGCUAUUUUUACUAUACACUCACUGACUGACUGACUCACUCAUCAAAAACCUAGACCACUUCCAAUGGUCGUAUUGACUUGAAAUUUGGCAUGGAGGUAGGUCUUUAUGUCAAGGUAAAGGGAAAAAUCUGAAAAUGGCCAAGUGUGAGUCGGUUUAAAAAUAAUGAAGGUGUUUUAUACCCCUAAGGAACUAAAACGAACUAAAUUUAUCUAUAAUUAUAUAAUAUAUCUUCGAAUGGUUGUACCGAUCUGAAAUUCGUUGCAAAGGUUUGUAUUUAGUCAAAGUAAAGUAAAAAUCUGAAAACGGCCAAGUGUGAAUCACUUUCGAAAAUAACGAAUGUGUAACUUUGAUCCACGAACAUAAUAUACGAUAACAUGUCAUGUCAGUCAGUUGGUAAAUCUAGUCCAUUUAGUUAACCUAGUUCAUGUCUUUGUAAGAAACAUAGUGCUUAUUAAAAAAUCUGAAAGAUAGUAUAAAUGAGACAUUUCUUUAAAUAACUUCAUCAUAAGAAAAAAAUAAAAUAAACAACCUUACAAAAAUAAAUGAAAUCCCACCCAAAACAAAAAUGUGAAAGACUGCCAAGUUCGAUAAUAUGGGAACGCUUCGCCUAUAAAAGAAGUGAGAUCUGAAUAAGUACCAAGUUCCAUACACAUACCUCAGUUAAAAAUAGUUACUUUUUAAUGAUGUUACUUGGCAAGUUUUAAUAGAAAAUUAAAUACUUGAUUCAUUGCGUUUAGUAGGUUUAUAACAAGGUGUGUGAAAACUUGCCAAGUAACAACAUUAAAAAGUAACUAUUUUUAACUGAGGUAUGUGUAUGGAACUUGGUACUUAUUCAGAUCUCACUUCUUUUAUAGGCGAAGCGUUCCCAUAUUAUCGAACUUGGCAGUCUUUCACAUUUUUGUUUUGGGUGGGAUAUUAAAGAUUGCGCAAUGAUUUUUAGCGAUUAAAAUAUUUAUUGCACAAUAUUUGUAUCGUAAUAUUGCACAAUGUUGUUGUAGGUCUAAGGGUCGCCUUAAAUAAGUGCCUACUCGAAUGGAGUAUUAUUAUUGGAGUCAAUGGGCGAAAGAGAAUGAAGGCUUAAAAUUCUUACUAAUUUAUUAUUAUUCUUGUGCACUUAUGUUAGAAAUAAUUCUGUUUUUUAAAGUGACAACGAAAAUAAUGACGUGCAAUGUUUUAAUGAAUUGUUUAUUGUAUGUCUAUUGUUUAAAAAGAUUUGUUAAAGAUGAUAAUAAAUUGAUUAAAAUUU